AUGACAAUUGGUAUGGCUGCUGGAAGUGGCAAUCUGCCUUUUGGAAUGAUUGGCUUCAAUGGUCAAGGUUGCAAGCAAGCUUCUUCGAUUUCAAUUGUGACACUUAAUGGAUGCGUUCAGAGAGAGCGAUCAUGGUCAUAUGAAGUAUCCAAAUUUUUGCUGUCCCAGAAGUGUAAUUUUUUUCAAUCUCAUGUGAAUGAGCGAUGGAAGUCCUUGAAAACUGUCUCUGUAUCAGCUUGUUUGAGAGAUGCUUCCACAACGUAUUUUGAUUUUGCUGUCAUUCGAAGUGGAGUUGCUGGUCUCCGCUAUGCUCUUCAAGUUGCCAAACAGGGAUCUGUUGCUGUGACUACAAAAGCAGAGCCUCAUGAAAGCAACACGAACUAUACCCAAGGUGGUGUUAGUGCUGUGUUGUGCCCAUCAGAUUCUGUGGAGAGUCACAUGCGGGACACCGUAGUAGCAGGGGCUUACCUAUGUGAUGAGGAGACUGUUAGAGUGACUUCCAGUACAAAUAAUAUUGCUGCAUAGUAUCAUUUGUUUGUCAAUUAUGAUUUAACAUCACAUAAUUGUUGAGGCACUAAAAUGUAAAUUUGAAUGGCAGGCUAUCUUCUAUUUGAAGGUCAUGAGAUUAAAAUUCACUAUCUCCAAGAAAGAAAUUGGAGUGAUGUUCUGUGCCUUAUACCUCUCUGUACUCAACAGUUGUUAAACUAUUUUACAUAACUAACGUGAAUUUCCUUGUGUAAA